ACAUGUCUGCUUCUUAACACUAGGUCAACUCAAGAAACAAAGCGAGAUUCACACAAAGACCAGAAGAGUGCAUCCUCCAAACCUGCAGAGCAGCCCCCAUCUAGCCCUGUGAACAGCCGUGGCCGUAGCCUGAGUGUCAGCCCUCCACCCAGCCCGGCCAGGGAGGAGCCGCUCAUUCAGCCUCCUCCUCGCUCCAAGUGGGAGAGAGAGGAUGACGAAGAAGGCCAGGAAAAUGGACUUUGUGCACCCAAGGAGCCCUCGCCAGUGCCACUGAGGGGCCGAGGCAGAGAGGUGCAGACUGAAGCACCUAAACCUGCCAGGAGCGAAGGCCGGGAUGCCACAAGGGAGGAGAGGAGAGGUGUAGUUAGAGAAGAGAAGAAAGGGAGAACACAGAAGGAAGAGGGUAAAGGUGGCAGGACGGCACAGACAAAUUCUGACAAACCAAAAACAAAAAUUGUGAGGGAGGACACAAAAGGAGUAAGAGAAGAAGGGAGAGCUGCAGCAAGAGAGGAGGGGAGAGGAGGGGGAGGAAGAGAGGAAGGGCGAGGAGUGACAGGAAAGGAAGAGAGAGCAGCUGGAGGUGGAGGAGGGCGAGAGGAGAGUCGCUGCCCAGAGCCCAGGAGACAGCGCCUGUGCUCUGACCUGGGUCGUGAGACGGACGAGGCAGCCUUUGUGCCCGACUACAGCGAAGGCGAAGGCUCGGAGCCCGAGAGAGGGAGGAGCGGCAGCCCCAGUGUGUCCCUCAGCCAACCCUCCCACAGCCCCACCAUGAGCAACCACAGUGGCUCGGGAACCACCACAGCGGACAAGAAGAAGAAAAAACACAAGAAACAUAAAAAACACAAGAAGCACAAGAAGCAUGGGAGCCAGGACAAAGAAGGAGAACACAAGGAGCACAAGCACAAACACAAGAAGAAGAAACACAAAAAGAACAAGGACAAAGAUGUGGAGGAAGAGGAGAAGAUGGAGAAAGCAGAUGAAGGGGCUCCAUGCUAACAGGGCUAAGACUGCUGCCCUAAAUCUGUAACCUUCUUUGUUAAUAAGGAGAUCAUGAUGUAUCUAGAAUCGGCUAACACUGGCAUGCUGCUCCAUGUGCUACUCGGAAGAGAAUAGAUGAAAUAGGUCUUUGACUCUUUGGUGACUUUGGGUCUGGAGUAAUGUGCUGCACUAUUGUGAUCAAUCUAGAGUCGGCCACAAAGGACUUGAUGAUAAUAACUGAUCACAGAGCAGUCAGUCUAAUGAUUGGAAUAACAAACACUGUACUCAGGGAUGUGAUUGCUUCUUUGUAGAGGAGGAGUUGUUGGUCCUCUGCCUCUUGAUUCAUUUGUAAAUAGAGAUUAACUGUUGCUUCACAUAAUAAUCAUUUUCCUCAGUUUGUUUUGCUCACAUCCCUGUGUGUCGUUCAAAGCUUAAAUGCUGAAUAGCCUUCAUUGCAGUGAGGGCCGUUGUAAGCUAUUUUUGAAGGACUGUGUUCUCAGUUUUGCAUGUCUUAGCACAUUUACUACAAAUGUAUAUGUUCCAUCACUGCUAACCAUUUUCAACAUUUUUAGGCUGCCAUUGGUUUCAGCUUUUUUUUUUUUUUUUUUUUUUUGUCAGUUAAUGUAAAUUAAAAAUAAAGGGAACAAACAUUCUCUGAUUUGCCUAUCUAAGCAAGCUUUCCUACCAAACGUAACAUGAAUGAAAUCCAGUAGCUACCUGGAGUAUGAAAUUCUUUGGAAAUAGUCAGCAGUAUAGGACUUGUGAUUAGUGUGCUAAAACUUGCAAAAUCAACAGUACGGUCCUUUACUAAGUUAAAACAAACCGUUAUGCAUCCGUGCUACACUGGACCGUAUACAUCUAGGAUGUGUUUAUUAAUAAUGGCAAAUCUGUCUGCAUGUUUUGUUCCAAAGGUGCAGUAGCUGUAUCUCUGUCUGAAUGAGUGAAUGCGUGUGUCAGUGUGAAAGUGAAAUGUGACAGAAUUGGGACAAAUUGGAGGACUGGUGUUCUUACAAAUGAGUUGUUCCUCCUUUUUUAAUUAAACUGUUUUGACCUCA